AUGACGCCCUCCCCCGCACUCGAUGAGUACCAAAUUGGUUGGAUCUGUGCUUUGCCUAUUGAGGCCGCCGCAGCCCAAGAAAUGCUAGACGAGAACUUUGGAACCCCUGAGGAGCAGGAUAAUGCAGACACGAAUAUAUACACGCUGGGUCGGAUUGGCAAGCAUUUCGUCGUGAUCGCAUGCGUGGGGGGCCAAUAUGGGACGACUUCGGCAACGACUGUCGCUAAUAACAUGACGCGAACCUUUUCCAAGUCGCUACGUGUUGGGUUGAUGGUCGGCGUUGGUGCAGCCAUCCCAACUACUAUAAAUGACAUUCGGCUUGGCGACAUUGUGGUCAGUUAUCCUACAGGCACGUGUGGUGGAGUUGUUCAAUACGAUAUGGGGAAGAUUGGUGAAGGUGGGAAGCUUCACCGCACCGGGUACUUAAACAGUCCACCUCGAUUGCUGUUAGCAGCGGUCAACCAAAUGAGAGCAGCUGCGCUGCGAGAUGACCCACUUUAUCCCUUUUAUAUCCAACAGGCAGUCCGACGAAAUACGCGAACACAGCGGAAUUUUGGCCAUCCAGGCCUGGAAUAUGAUCGGCUCUUCCAAACUGAGUACCAACAUUCUCCGUCUGCAAACAGCUGUGAUGGCUGUCUGACAGAGUGGGAAGUUAGAAGAUGUGUACGAGAAGAUAGUGAACCACAACCAUAUUACGGUAUUAUUGCAUCAGGAAACGCUGUUAUAAAGAGUGCGGAAAUAAGGGAGCAGCUUCGGAGCGAAACUGGUGCUUUAUGUCUUGAAAUGGAAGCGGCGGGCUUGAUGCAGGAUUUCCCCUGUCUUGUUAUCCGCGGCAUCUGUGACUACGCCGACUCACACAAAAACAAGAAAUGGCAGGGUUAUGCUGCGUUGGCAGCCGCAGCCUAUGCCAAGGAAUUGCUCGCAUAUGUACCUUUGAGUCACGUAUCACAGGAAAGCUUGGUGGUAGAUAUAUGUACAUCGCUUGCUAGAGAACUCAAGAUCCUGACUAAAUCAACCAAGCAAGUUGAACAAAAGAUUGAUCUGCAAAGGUUGAAAAUUGCAAAGGGGGCAGCGUUUGAUGCUUAUGAGAAUCAGCAUUUUGAAUGCCUGCACGGGACUCGGAUUGAGCUACUUCACGAUAUCAAAGAGUGGGCAAGAUCACCGCACGGGAAAUGCAUAUUUUGGCUGAAUGGGAUGGCAGGGACUGGAAAGUCAACAAUCUCCCGCACAGUUGCACGCUAUUUCAAAGAGAAAGGGUCUCUUGGAGCGAGCUUCUUCUUCAAAAGGGGUGAAGAGCAUCGAGGAAAUGCAAAGAAGCUUUUUCCAACUAUUAUACAACAAUUGACGACGAGAAAUCCCCAGUUAGCACACAACGUGCAGAAAGCAAUUGAGGAGGAUCCCUAUAUUUCGGAGAAGGCAUUGGGUGAACAAUUCGAUAAACUAAUUCUUCAGCCACUCCUUGGUCUGGACCCGGAUCAAGCUGUGACCAUGGUGAUUGUUAUUGACGCGUUGGAUGAGUGCGAAACAGAAGACUAUAAAGAUGAUAUAAGGGUUAUUAUCCAACUCUUACCGCGCGUGCAAAUUUCCAAAUAUAUGCGACUACGGUUCUUCCUCACAAGCAGACCUGAAUUGCCGAUCCGGCUAGGAUUUAAGAACAUCAAAGACAGACAUCAACAUCUGGGCCUCCAUGAUGUUCCGAAGGCGGCAAUUGAACGCGACAUCUCCAUCUUUCUAAGGCAUAGCUUUGUGGAUAUUCAGCACGACCAUGAGCUCUCUACGGACUGGCCCGGCGAUGGGGUUAUUGAGGCCCUACUUGCAAGGACAGUUCCGUUAUUCAUCUCUGCUGCCACCUUGUGUCGAUUCAUUGGUGAUGCAAACUGGGACCCUCAGAGCCGACUCCAAGAAAUUCUCGCUGACCGAACCCUAUAUGUAUCCAAGAUGGCCAGCAUAUAUGUACCAGUUUUGAAUCGACUUCUUGCUGGCCAGGAUCUAUGGGAGACUAAAUAUUUGAUUAAAGAGUUCAAGAAGAUAGUAGGCACCAUAAUUGUGCUUGCCACCCCACUCUCAGUCAAUAGCCUUGCCCAAAUUGUUGGCCUAAAAGCCAACAAUAUUAAGAGGCGACUAGACAGGCUCCACUCGGUUCUGAAUAUCCCCGAUAAUUUGAAUGUGCCCGUCAGACUCUUACAUCUCUCAUUCCGAGAUUUUCUUUUGGACUGCAGGACGAAAGGAACGAAAGAAAGCGAGCAGUUCUGGAUUGACGAGAAAGCUGUUCACCAGGAUCUCACGGGGAAAUGCCUUGAGAUUAUGCGCCGCAGCUUAAGGAAGAAUAUCUGCAACUUACCGGAUGAUGGUACGCAACGCAGUGAGAUCGACAUACAUUCUAUUAGUCGCCAUUUGCCACCGGAAUUGCAAUAUGCCUGUCGUUACUGGACACACCACCUGUUACAAUGCCUGGAUCCAGCUAUGGAGUUGGUCAGGGCAUUUCCAUUCCUUGAAGUGCACCUUCUUCACUGGAUCGAAGCAAUGGGCGUUUUAGGCACUGCAUCCGAAGUUGUGGAGAUGGUCAAGAGAUUGCAGUCGAUCUCGGGGAACCUCGAGGAGACCAACAGGACCGUUUCUGGUCACGUUUCCUCUUUGGCCUUCUCGCCAGACGGUCAAAUAGUGGCGUGCGGAUAUGAGAGGGGAAAUCUUUGUCUCUGCACUAUCAAGCUCUGGGAUCCCAGAACCGGCCAGCUGCGCCAGACCCUGAAGUACAAAUCACACUCGAUUUCGUCUUUAGUGUUCUCAUCCAAUAAUCAGCUGCUGGCGUCCGUCUCCAAUGAUAACACUGGCUUCAAUGACCACACCAUCAAGCUGUGGGACGCUAACACGGGGGAGCUCCAUCGGACUCUAGAAGGCCACUCUAGCACUGUUUAUUCUGUGGCCUUUCCGCCCAGUGGCCAACUACUGGCAUCUAGCUCCCUUGACAAAACAAUCAAGAUAUGGGACCCUAACACAGGAGAGCUCUAUCGAACUUUACAAGGCCAUUCUGGAUCUAUCGAUUCUAUCGCUUUCUCACCUAGCGGCCAACUGCUGGCAUCUGGCUCCGAUGAUAACACUAUCAAACUAUGGGAUUCUAACACGGGGGAGCUCUAUCGGACUCUUGAAGGCCACUCUGAGCGUGUUUGCUCAGUGACUUUUUCACCUAGUGGGCAACUACUGGCAUCUGGCUCCCGUGAUAAUACUAUCAAGCUAUGGGAUCCUAACACGGGGGAGCUCUAUCGGACUCUAGAAGGCCAUUCCGAUUGGGCUCGAUCGGUAUCCUUCUCGUCUAAUGGUCAAUUACUAGCGUCAGGCUCUGAUGACGGAACUAUCAAACUAUGGGAUCCUAAUACAGGUGACCUGCGCCAGACCUUUGAGAAUUAUAAUUCGGUUUGGUGUGUAUGUUUCUCACCCAAUGGCCCACUACUGGCAUCUGGCUUUCCUGGGGGCAUCGUCAAGCUCUGGGAUUCCAGUAAAGAUGACCUGCAUCAGAUGCCUGAGGGCAAAGGGCAUUCCCUUCGAGUUCAGUCGGUAGCCUUCUCGGCUAACGGAAAACUGGUGGCGACUGGCUCCCGUGACAAGACGAUCAAGCUAUGGGAUCCUAAUGCAGGGGAACUGCGCCAGACCAUUAAUAAUCCCGCACCAGUCUUGUGUAUAGCCUUCUCACCUAAUGGUCGACUGCUGGCAUCUAGCUCUGAUGACGGAGCUAUCAGGCUAUGGGAUUCUAAUACGGGUGAGCUGCGCUUGACCCUUCAAGGCCAAUUUAAUACACAUCAGACUAUAUCAUUCUCACCGGACGGCCAGAUUUUAGCAUGCGAGUCUGCUGACUGCCCCGAUGCCAUCGAGCUUUGGGAUCCAACCAACGGCGAACUGCGCCAGACCCUUAAGGGCCAUUCAUUCUAUAUUUCAUCUAUAGCCUUCUCAUCUAAUGGUCAACUACUGGCAUCUAGCUCUGGCGAUAAGACAGUUAAGCUAUGGGAUGCAAAGACAGGCGAUCUAUGCUAUACCCUUGAAGGUUAUCCUGAGCCAGUUAUGACUUUAGCCUUCUCACCUGACAGUCAAUUGCUGGCGUCUAGUUCUAUUGAUAAGACCGUCAAGUUCUGGGAUCCCAACACAGGUGAACUGCUCCAGACACUUAGCGAUCAUACCGAUUGGGUGUGGUUAGAAAACGGCUGUCAAAUGUCUAUCCUAGAAGGACAGUGGCCUGACCACCUUGUGAUGCAGUUGCUCUAUCCGCACUGGCAGAAGACGCUGGCACUCAAUGCGGCUGCCCGAAACAAUCUCGUUCCCCAUGUUAUUUGUUAA